AGAGUAGCUGUCGUUGAGGAAAGACCUUUUGAAUUCACGCUCUGUUAUCGUAACGCGCUUAUCUCUGCUAUGCAAUAGUUCUAUUUUCUUGCUGUGCCUCUUGUUCAGUUAUUUAUUUCUACCCUGAUUCUAUUUUUGCACUCUUUUUCAUUGCCUACCGGUUUCUCAUAUUCGUUUUCUUUCACAAAAAAUAUUCUUGAUUUGUCAUAUUAUAUCUAAAUAUGAGUGCUUGUGAGGAGUGUAAAUUAUCCGUGAAUCGCUCGGCUAAGGAUAAAGUUGUAUGCACUGAGUGUAAUUCUAUAUUCCAUGGAAGAUGUACUGGUGGUGGAAGGGACCUGAGUGAGGCUGAACUCGAUCAACCUGGGUAUGUAAGAAAUGUACAUCAAAGCUUCGAGCCCAAAGAAACAGUAGUUCGGAUACACCAGUUAAACGUGUGGCUAAUGUAAGUGAUUUGCGGUCGCCAAUAACAGUGGAACUUUUUGAAAAAACUAUACUUGCACUGAGAGAGGAGAUUGCUGGGGGUCAGUCAAAGCUCCAGCUAUCGCUGCAGUCCUGCUUGGACAAACUGACUUCCAGUAUGGAAAUACUGACCAAGCAAGGUGGAAUCAUUAAGACGCAGGAAAAAAUCAUUUCGGCUCUACAGGGUGACAAUCUACAGUUGAAGAAGAGUGUCGAACUUUUGACUGAUAAAUUGGACGCACUCGAGCAGUACGGACGAAAAAAUACGCUCGAGAUCCGUGGAGUGCCUUUCUCUGAAAAUGAAAACGUUCGCGACUUGGUGAUAGCGACGUGUAGGGCUGUUGGAGUGGACGUAGGAGCCGAAGCGAUCGACGUCUGUCACCGGCUGAAGGCAAGCGCUGCGCAGCCGACGCCAGCUAUAGUCGCCAAGUUUGUGCGUCGCGAUGUCGCUCAUCAGGUACUCAGUGGAAAGAAGCAGGUGAGGAGAAUGUCAUCUCGUGUAUUCGGCUUACCAGGUGAGGAACAGCCAGUUUACAUAAACGGGUCACUAACAUUGGUGCGAAGAAAGAUGUUGUCUUAGGCAAAGAAACUUCAAAGGAACGAGGUUACAAGGCAGGCAGGCAAUCAGGCAACCAAAUUUUGGAUCCAGUUAAAACCGAACCCGAGGAUCACAACGGUAGUCGAAACGUGGCUGUCCUAGUCCAAAAAGAAUGCCUGGUGACAGAGUGAGCGACCGCCCGCCCAGCUGACAGCGUCACCUGGCUGCUUGCC